ACAAUAUAUACUACUAAGGCAACGGGUUCGAGGACCAAUACAUGAAAAUGGGGUUUGAUUUGGAAGAAUUUCAACCCAUUUUCGGCGAAGCAAAACCAGAGUUUGUAACUUCUGCUACCUCUAAUGGCGAUGGAGUUACGGCGUUGAACCCAUUUUUGUUCAGGGUUUUUGCAGUUGACUCCUCUCACCUCGCUUUUCAUGUCACUGAUUUUCGUUCCUACACUUGGGAGGCUCUUCGCUCUGUUCACCAACUCGAUGACAUGAGAGAUAGCAUAGGCAUCGGUGGUUCCUGCUCUGACUUUAUGAAUUAUGUAAUUGCUUCUUUUACAUCAAAAGAUGUGAAGCUUAUUAUGGAUUGGCAGCCUAAAUUAAGUGGGGUUACAUCUGCAAAAUUGAUUGCUCGUAAAACUAAAGGAAUGCCCUUAAUAUCUAUUUCACUUACUAAGCUUGGACCUUCUUCUGCAAGUGGAGCUGUGGCAAAUAUGUCAUUGGAGCUCUACAGGGCAUACAAUAUCCUGCAAGAAUCUUUUGUAAAAGAGCAAGAGCGCUGCUGUCAAUUGACCCAAAUGAUUUCUGCAGAAAAGGAAAAGAGCCAAGCAGUUAAGAGGAAGCUUGAUAUGAUGCAGUCGGACCAGCAAAGGCUACAGAAAACAACAGGGAGUGGGAAUGUAGUUUUUCCUAUGUACUCCGACACUGCAUCUGUUACUGCUGCACUGAAUUCCUCAGAUAAACAGGCAGUUGCUGAAGCAAAAUCUGCUAAAGUUGUUCAUCGUGUUGUACCUGCAUACCGCAGAGCUAAAAACAGAGGAGCUGUUCUUUGUGACACUGAAGAGGAAGAAAAGAGCUAAUUUUUAUUUUUUUUAUUUUUUAUGAAGGAAGGAAGAAAAGAGCUAAUUGUUGUUUGGUGAAUGAGGUUUUAGAAAAUAGCAGUAGUGUUUUGUAGCUAAUUAUUUUUGUUACCGAAGCCUGCUAACAAGAAGUUGGUCUUUUUGGGAGUUGAAUGACGAUGAAUUUAUAGUCUCGAGAAAGAUUGACAACUUGCCUUUUCAUAAAAAGCUGUUUCCAGAGGAACAAAAAGAAAUACAUUAUGAUGUUUAGGUUCAGGUCAUAUGUGUUUACUGUUAAUUGCCUUUGUAUAUAUGCUGAUUGCACUUAAUUCAGCUCUGUUAACAGCUUGUCUUAUCAAAGAAGCGGAAUGUGUAUUCUUGUACUCAAAAGGGUACAAAUUGCUCUCUGUAUUAUUUUAUAUUAGGACUUGGGAGAAGUUUUGUAACAAUUUGUAUACUUCAUUCAAUUCAAUCUAUGAUGAAUUCCUUAUGUAUUUUUUA